AUGCGGGUCAUGCAGGAGAGUCUGUGGGUCCUACCUCUGGUACUACUGGGGCUGUUAAAGCCAUGGGCUGCAGGCGACUCACUCAGUCAGGUAAUUCCUGCUGUAAAUUGAUUUAAUAUAUUAUAUAGCCUAGUGAUAUUAGCAUUGACACAAUAUAAUUUCCUUUUGAAAAUAUGAUUAGGAAUACUAAAUUGCGACAUAGGCUAAUAUUUGACAGGUGGUACAUUUGCUGUAUCGGUUUGGUGUAGUAAAUUAUUAUUCUGUUUAUUUCACAAUCCAGUGGUUGUUGUUAAAUUGAUUAUUUCUAUCUGGGGACAAAACUAAAUAUUUACCUAUCCUUGGAGAGUCAUGCGAACCGUUACGCAAAACGCGCCUGUUAUUGUACUAUCAUAGUAAGUGACACGUCGGGGUAAUGGACGUUUCCAGAAAACCACUGGCCAUCUGAGAAUCGUUUGAAAAAACAUCAUCAUCCGACAGAUAAAAUUAGGGCUGACCCCAUUUAGUUGACUAGUUGGCCGACUGAGAUUUGUUUUGUCAAGCAGUCACAAUUUAUUUUAUAUUUCAUGGCACUUGAGACACCUACCUGUCUUGAUUUGCGUCUGUCUCAGUGGACUAAUCCAUUGUGGAUGGAACAGUCCAUAAGACACACAUGCCGCGAGGCUAUUUGUCUUGGUAGCCAAGCAAUUUGAUAAAAUUCAUAAAAUAAGUGAAAUUGCGUUCGUUUCAAAAUUGCAUUGGUUUUCCAUAAAUGGCUACUCCUUUGGACCCUGACACCGUUUGUGAGAGUAUUCCUUAGGCCUACAGUAAGUCUAUGUGUGAAGAUAAUGUGUAUUGGGUAUAAAUUAAAAUGUUGAGUCAAAAAGGGGAGUGUGGCUAAGAUGCACAAUGUCUCUCUCCAGAAUGCGCUCUCUCCCGCCAUUUCGUGUGCAUUCAUUGUUUCAUAACUUCAUUGUGUGAAUCUACAAUGUUUUUUGGGUACCAUAAUUUCUGUUAAUGCAUUCGAUAUACACUACAUGACCAAAAGUAUGUGGACACCUGCUCGUCGAACAUCUCAUUCUAAAAUCAUGGGCACUAAUAUGGAGUUGGUCCCCCCUUUGCUGCUAUAACAGCCUCCACUCUUCUGGGAAGGCUUUCCACUAGAAAUUGGAACAUUGCUGCAGCGACUUACACUGAUGUUGGACGAUUAGGCCUGGAUCGUAGUCGUUGUUCCAAUUCAACGUUGUUCCAAUUCAUCCCAAAGCUUGGCAUUGCGCAUGGUGAUCUUAGGCUUGUGUGCGGCUGCUCGGCCAUGGAAACCCAUUUCAUGAAGCUCCCGACAAACAGGUCUUGUGCUUACGUUUGGAAGUUUUGGUAGUGAGUGUUGCAACCAAGGACAGACCAUUUUUAUGCACUUCCGCACUCUGCGGUCCCGUUCUGGUAGCUUGUGUGGCCUACCACUUUGCGGCUGAGCCGUUGUUGCUCCUAGACGUUUCCACUUCACAAUAACAGCACUUACAGUUGACCGAGGCAGCUCUAGCGAGGCAGAAAUUUGACGAACUGACUUGUUGGAAAGGUGGAAUCGUAUGACGGUGCCACGUUGAAAGUCACUGAGCUCUUCAGUAAGGGCCAUUCUACUGCCAAUGUUUGUCUAUGGAGAUUGCAUGGCUGUGUGCAUUUAUUUUUUACACCUGUCAGCAACGGGUGUGGCUGAAAUAGCCGAAUCUACUAAUUUGAAGAGGUGUCCACAUACUUUUGUAUAUGUAGUGUAUAUUACAGUAAUUUACCAUUAUCAUUGUCGGAGUGGAAACGUUGUUUGAAGAGAUCACAACCUGCUACACUUGUGAGAAACAAGUUUUGGUUUAUUUCAUUCCAUUUAUGAGUUUUGUUUGGAGCGCUCCUGUCAAUAUUGAGUAAGGAUGUGCACCUGAUUACACAUAGAAUGAAGAAUGGCGCCGGAGGGGUUGGCUGCCGUUUUUUACGGGCUCCUAACCAAAUGUGCUAUUUUGUGUGUUUUUUUUCCGCAUCGUUUGUAACUUAUUUUGUACAUAAUGUUGACGCUACCGUCUCUUAUGACCGAAAAAUAGCUUCUGGAUAUCAGAACAGCGAUUACUCACCUCGAACUGGACAAAGAUUCUUUAAUCAGUCGGACGCAAAGGAUAUAAUGUUGCUCCCAGACAAGGCCCAAAUCCCUGUCAUUCGCAUGAAGAAAAUAAGGAAAUACAGGAGGCGCAGACCAGGGUGCCUUGUGAGAAUUUGUUUCGGCGAGUGGGUAACCCGCCUCUACUAUCCGUUCUAUUAGCCAAUGUGCAAUCACUGGAGAAUAAACUGGAUGAGCUCCGUUCGAGACUAUCCUACCAACGGGACAUUAAACACUGUAAUAUCUUAUGUUACACCGAGUCGUGGCUGAACGACGACACGGAUAAUAUACAGUUGGCUGGGUUUUCCAUGCAUCGGCAGGACAGAACAGCUACGUCUGAUAAGACGAGGGGUGGGGGUGGGUGUCUAUUUGUCAAUAACAGCUGGUGCGCGAUGUCUAAUAUUAAGGUAGUCUUGAGGUAUUGCUCGCCUGAGGUAGAGUACCUCAUGAUAAACUGUAGACCCACUAUCUACCAAGAGAGUUUUCAUCUAUAUUUUUCGUAGCAGUCUAUUUACCACCACAAACCAACGCUGGCACUAAGACCGCACUCAACGAGCUGUAUGAGGCCAUAAGCAAACAAGAAAAUUGUAUUCUUCAGUAUGAAAAUGUAUGCACUCAAUAACUGUAAGUCGCUCUGGAUAAGAGCGUCUGCUAAAUGACUAAAAUGUAAAUGUAUUCCAGAAACGGCGCCCCUAGUGGCCGGGGACUUUAAUGCAGGCAAACUUAAAUCUGUUUUACCUAAUUUCUACCAGCAUGUCAUGUGCAACCAGAGGGAAAAAACUCUUGACCACCUUUACUCACACACACAGAGAUGCGUACAAAGCUCUCCCUCGCCCUCCAUUUGGAAAAUCAGACCAUAAUUCUAUUCUCCUGAUUCCUGCUUACAAGCAAAAACUAAAGCAUGAAGACCAGUGACUCGCUCAAUACAGAAGUGGUCAGAUGACACGAAUGCUACGCUACAGGACUGUUUUGAUAGCACAGACAGGAAUAUGUUCCGGGAUUCAUCCAAUGGCAUUGAGGAGUAUAUCACCUCAGUCACCGGCUUCAUCAAUAAGUGCAUCGACGAUGUCGUCCCCACAGUGACCGUACAUACAUAUCCCAACCAGAAGCCAUGGAUUACAGGCAAUAUCCGCACCGAGCUAAAGGCCGCGAACUGCCCAGUGAUGCGAGCCUACCAGAUGGGCUAAAUGACUUUUUGUGCUCGCUUCGAGGCAAGCAACACUGAAGCAUGCAUGAGAGCACCAGCUGUUCCAGACGACUGUGUGAUCACGCUCUCUGUAGCCGAUGUGAGCAAGACCUUUAAACAGGUUAACAUUCACAAGGCCGCGGGGCCAGACGGAUUACCAGGAUAUGUAUUCAGAGCAUUCGCAGACCAACUGGCAAGUGUCUUCACUGACAUUUUCAACCUCUCCCUAACCGAGUCUGUAAUACCUACAUGUUUUAAGCAGACCACCAUAGUCCCUGUGCCCAAGAAAGCGAAGUUAACCUGCCUAAAUGACUACCGCCCCAUAGCACUCAUGUCGGUAGCCGUGAAAUGCUUUGAAAGGCUGGUCAUGGCCCACAUCAAUACCACCAUCCCAGAAACCAUAGACCCACUCCUAUUCGCAUACCGCCCCAACACAUCCACAGAUUAUACAAUCUCAAUCGCACACCACACUGCCCUUUCCCACCUGGACAAAAUGAACACCUAUGUGAGAAUGCUAUUCAUUGACUACAGCUCAGCGUUCAACACCAUAGUACCCACAAAGCUCAUCACUAAGCUAAGGACCCUGGGACUAAACACCUCCCUCUGCAACUGGAUCACCAACAAACUAUCAUGGUUCAAACACACCAAGAAAGUCAUGAAGAGGGUACGACAAGGCCUUUUCCCCCUCAGGAGACUGAAAAGAUUUGGCAUGGGUCCCCAAGUCCUCAAAAAGUUAUACAGCUGCGCCAUCAAGAGCAUCCUGACCAGUUGCAUCACCGCCUGGUAUGGCAACUGCUCGGCAUCCGACCGUAAGACUCCGGUCACCCAAGUCAUAGACUGUUCUCUCUGCUACCGCACGGAAGCGGUACCGGAGCGCCAAGUCUAGGUCCAAAAGGCUCCUUAACAGCUUACACCCCCAAGCCAUAAGACUGCUGAACAAUUAAUCAAAUGGCCACCCAGACUAUUUGCAUUGACCCCCCCCCCCCCCCCCUUGUUUUUAUACUGCUGCUACUCACUGUUUAUUAUCUAUGCAUAGUCACUUUUAAUGCAAUUGAAGAACAUGAACAAACCUCCAUGCUUAGCCAAUGUGAUUUAUAGGAUAUUUAUUUUUAAUCAGGAUAUUUUCUACUUGCAAUGUUUUUAUUUGUUGGCUUUAUGUAGGCUUUUUACCUAGUUGGCAAUAGAUCACAAAUAAGUUAUUAUCAUUUAAAUGAAAAUGUUCAUAUGAAAAUCAUAACUGGCACCCAAUGCAGAUCAGUAGAAAUGGUGAGAUAAAUUGUAAAUUGGCACUCCACAUGGAAAAAGGUUGCCAACCCCUGGUGUAGCCUGUCUUCAGGAGCAUAUUGGCAGGCCGCGGGAGAAUGAGGGUUGGGAAUAUUUUUUUCUUCUUCUGGUUAUCUUGAUAUCUGGCUCCCUCUUGAGUCAUUCGUGUGUUAAUUAUUUAAUCAAACGUGCUUAAAGCACGCGUCAAACUUAUUCCAUCGAGGGCCAAGUGUAUGCGGGCUUUCGGUCUUCCCUUGUAGUUGAUUGAUAAAUGAAGGUCACUGAUUAGUAAGGAGAUCCCCUCACCUGGUUUUCUUAAUUGAAAGGAAAAAACCAAAAAACAGCAGGGACUAGGCCCUCCAUGGAAUGAGUUUGACACCCCUGGCUUAAAGCAUCAGACAAGCUCAGUGCAUAUAGUUGAUUUUAUUAAAACACAUAGUGUGUGUCUAUAUAUAUGGAAAAAUCAAUUGGUCGAAAGAACAGAUGACUCUCGGUUGACCAAGAUGUAUUUUAGUCGGGGACAGCCCUAGACAGAUAAAUACACAUUAUUUAUUAUGUAAAACAAGUAGAAUACUAGUGGUUACAUUCUUGGUCAAUUAGACUAGAGGGGCAGACAUCACUAUUGGAUGUCAUUGUUUAGUUUCGAUUUUUGUUGAAGAUUGAAAACUGGUUCUAUGUGCAUUUGGCCUAUUUUCUAAGACUAACAGCUGAUAGCACCACAAGAAAGGAUAUACAUAAAUAAACACUCUUCAGGGAAAAUGGCUAUACAGCAGAGAAUAUUCAUAACCUGUUUAAAUGUGUGUAUGUGUGUGUGUGUGUGUGUGUGUGUGUGUGUGUGUGUGUGUGUGUUGAUCCUCAGGUGUGUGACCCAUCCAAAGAUGGCACCAUCUAUAACUACAAAGCGAAGACUCUGAAUGGGAGUCGUUCUGUCUCCCUCAGUGACUACAUGGGGAAGACCGUCCUCUUCGUCAACGUAGCCACUUACUGA